UCUCUCUGCCUGAUGCAAAUGCAACGUAACGUAACGACCGAACGGCACGCCGAAGUGAAGCUUCUGAAUCAGAGACCUGAAGGCGGAGCAGAGUUCCGAUCCGAAAACGGCGGCGUUUGCUGAUUCCUCUCUCUGGGGUAAAAGCAGUUCGACAGCUGAGCACGUCGACGGUUCAUGGAAGCUCCACUGGUCGACUUCAAUCGCAAAACAACCGCCGAUUCGGAGUGAGAGCGCGCAAUGGCUUCUUGGCUGAAAGCAGCGGAAGAUUUGUUUGAAGUUGUUGAUCGGAGAGCAAAGCUGGUUGUCAGUGAAUUGGCAGAUGAGCAGAAUGAUUCAACAGCUACUAAUGUGCAAGGAUCAAAAGCCAAGAGGACAAAAUCAAGGGCAAAGGCAAAUAGGCGACCAUCAACUGAAGGCCCACUAAAUAAAGUGGAUACUGCACAGGAGCGUAACACUGCCCUCACUUCUCAAUCAGAUGUGAAACCCGAUAAAGAUACAAUUUCUACUGUGCUUGAGAGCAAUGGUAGCCUUUCUACAGACCCAGAGAGCCAAACCAAUGACCAAUCUCACGCUGCUGAUAAAGAUGCAGCCAUUUUAGGCAGUUCUUCAACAGAAAAAGCAGUGGAUAGAGUGAAUAAGCGUGAUAUAGAUCAUGCUGAAGUCCCAAUAGCUCAAAAAGUUACUGAGCCAGAAGAUCCCACUCCAGCACCAAAUGUCGGGCUUGUGACUGAAAAUGCUGCAGAUAUGGGUGCCGAGCACCCCAUUCCUUCUUCACCAACCAAGGCAAUCGAGGAAGAAGAUAGAUAUAAUUCAAUUGAAGAAGCAGAUCUCCCUGUUAAGAUUGAGCAAUCUCAAUCAGAAAGCGGAGAUGUAGGCGGUGACAGUGAAGGUCAAGUUAAAGAUGUUGAACAAAAUGUUGAAUCCUCUGCUGAUAAAAAGCAAGUUGAAUCCUUUACCGAGAAAAAGCAAAUUGAAUCCUCUGCUGAUAAAAAGCAGCGAAAUGAGCGAAAGGGUGACGUUUCUUCCAUGAAAUUAGAGGAUCAGCUUGAUGAGGCUCAAAUGUUGCUGAAAAAUUCUACUACCACUGGUCAGUCAAAAGAGGCUAGGUUGACUCGGGUAUGUAAUGGACUUGCCACUCGUCUUCAAGAAUACAAAUCGGAGAAUGCACAACUUGAGGAACUUCUGGUUGCAGAGAGAGAGCUUACUAAAUCAUAUGAGGCUCGGACAAAUCAGCUGCAAAAUGAUCUAUCUGUGUCAAAAAAAGAGGCAACAAGAAUUGAGUCAAGCAUGGCAGAGGCUUUGGCUGCAAAAAACUCUGAAAUUGAAGCACUUUCCAAUUCAAUGGAAGCCCUGAAGAAACAGCUAGCACUAUCUGAAGGAAAUCUGGCUUCAAUGCAGGCUAAUAUGGAUUCUCUUAUGAGAAAUAGAGAACUAACCGAGACUAGAAUGAUGCAGGCUCUUCGUGAGGAGCUUGCAUCAGCGGAAAGAAGAGCAGAAGAAGAGCGAACAGCACAUAAUGCUACCAAAAAGGCUGCCAUGGAAAGGGAAGUGGAGCUGGAACACCGGGCUGUUGAAGCAUCCACUGCCCUUGCAAGGACCCAGAGGUUGGCAGACGAGAGGACAGCAAAGGCAGCAGAGCUUGAGCAGAAGCUGGCAUUUUAUGAGGUUGAAAAUUCAUCCUUAGCUCAAGAACUGCAAGAUGUGAAAGCUCUUGCUCGCCGUGGACAAAAGAAGUCUGCUGAAGAGACCAAUCAAGCGAUUCAGAUGCAGGCAUGGCAGGAAGAAGCUGAGCGUGCUCGUCAAGGUCAUAGAGAUGCAGAGAGCAAGCUAUCUACUUUGGAGGUUGAAAUGCAAAAGAUGAGAGUUGAAAUGGCAGCGAUGAAGAGGGAUGCUGAACAUUAUUCUCGGCAGGAGCAUAUGGAGCUUGAGAAACGGUACCGUGAGCUUACUGAUUUGCUGUAUUACAAGCAAACACAAUUAGAAGCCAUGGCGAGUGAAAAAGCUGCAGCUGAGUUUCAGUUAGAAAAGGAAUUGAAACGCCUUCGAGAAGUACAGAUAGAGGUUGAAAGAAGCAGAGUCUCUCGCCGGGCAUCAACCUCAUGGGAAGAAGAUUCUGAGCUGAAAGCACUUGAGCCUCUUCCAUUGCACCACGGGCACAUGGCUGCUGCAAGUGUACAAUUGCAGAAGGCUGCCAAGCUGCUAGAUUCAGGGGCUGUCAGGGCCACAAGGUUCCUCUGGAGAUAUCCGACUGCUCGGGUUCUUCUGCUCUUCUAUCUGGUAUUUGUGCACCUCUUCUUGAUGUACUUGCUGCACCGCCUUCAGGAACAAGCGGACAAUUUCUCUGCCAGAGAAGUUGCGGAGUCCAUGGGCCUGGCCACCCCCAACUUGCCGUGAUUCCUCAAGAGUAAGAGAACUACUUUCCAUUUACAUGUAGGGAGAGGCUUGGAGAGGAACUCAGUCAUCCCGAAAAUUUAUGUGACAGGAGUUAGGAUUAUUGGAUUAUAGGUGAAACUCCACGAACAUGAAAGCAAAUGUUGAAAUUCACUUAUAUACGAUGUCUCUUCCGGUACAUGUAUGUGGGCAUUCUUUUGUCUAAUAGCUAUAUGUCGGUCUGUGAGCUUGUAAAUUUGAGACUUGGGUGGGCAUUCUUUUGAAAUUAGUUCGAGACGGGGUUUGUACCCGAUCCAACGGACUAUCUCUUUUGGA